GAGCACGAACGAUGCGUCAGUUAAGUAAUGGCUCCCGUGUUGAUCGCGUCGCUGCCUCGUUCUCUCGCAACCUGUGUUAGAUAUGGUCAGGGGAAAAGUAAAAUAUGCUGGAGUCUGAGCAGCAGGCCCGUCGGUGCCCUGGGCAUCCGUUACAAGUCAACGCCGGCAGCGGCCUCGUUGGUGAACGAGAACGCUGCCGUGGACACUGCCUCCCAAGAUGACAAAGAUAAGGACCCCCUCGACCUGACCUUCUGUGAUUACCGAAACGCCUUUAAGAGCAAGACGAAUUCCGAAUUGUUGCGAGCGAUGUUGGUCUUCCACUUGUGCAGCAUACAGCCCCUGGUCGAUAACAAUGCGAAGCUGAUGAAACUGGGCCAGAAGGUGCUGGGGAAGCGCCUGUUCGCCGCCCUCAUGAAGGCCACCUUCUACGGCCACUUCGUCGCCGGCGAGGACCAGAUCAAGAUCCAACCGACGCUGGAGAGGCUCAGGUCCUUCGGCGUCAAGAGCAUUCUCGAUUACUCGGUGGAGGAAGACAUCAGCUCCGAAGACGCGGAGGAGCGAGAGAUGGAGUCCUGCCGCUCGACGCGCUGGAGGAAGCGGCCGCCACGGAAGAUCCGCUCGCCCAGAUGGGGUUGCGAGUCCAAGGCGGAGGGUUCGAACGCCAUGGAGCGCUACACGCCGCAGAGGAAGUUCGCCGAUCGCCGCCAGCAGGUGUCAGGAGCCAGGACCUACUUCUACGUGAACGAGGCCCAGUGCGAGAAGAACAUGGAGACGUUCAUUAACUGCAUUGACGCCGUGUCAGACGCGACUCAUGGCACGGGCUUCGCUGCCAUUAAGAUGACUGCCCUUGGUCGACCGCAGCUCCUGAUGCAACUCUCCGAGGUGAUCGCCCGCACGCGACAGUACUUCCAGCAAGUGACGGGCAAGACCGGCCCAAUCAUCCAUUCCGAUGUCAACACGGACGUCUUCGAGAAACGAUUCCGCGAGGAGAACAUCCUGACGGACAACCAAGCCGUGAAGAAGUGGCUGGAUAACAUGACCUACGACAAGAAGGGCUUGAUCCACCUCUUCUCGUGGUCGGGCCUCAUCGACACCAACAUUCUCCUGGGCGACCUGUUCCGAGUGCCGAACCUCAACUCGGGGCAGAUGGAGCCCCUCAUCUCGGCUCUCACGAGGGAGGAGGAGGAGAUGUUUAAGAACAUGAUGCGCAGACUGCACACCAUUUUCCAGUAUGCCCGUGAGCGCGACGUCCGAGUGAUGGUGGAUGCCGAGCAGACCUAUUUCCAGCCAGCCAUUUCCCGUCUUACUUUAGAAAUGAUGAAAAAGUACAAUCAGGAGAAAGCCAUUGUAUUCAACACUUACCAAUGCUAUCUUAAGGAAACCUUCAAUAAUCUCUCCCUCGAUCUUGAGCAAGCUUAUCGUCAAAACUUUUACUUUGGAGCCAAGCUUGUGCGUGGCGCCUACAUGGAGCAGGAACGUGCCCGCGCUGAGGAGCUUGGCUAUGAAGACCCCAUCAACCCUUCCUUCGACGCAACCACCAACAUGUACCACCAAUGUCUUGAAGAGAGCCUGAGACGCAUCAAAAUGAACAAGAAUGUUGGGGACUCUCACAAAAUUGCUAUCAUGGUGGCAUCUCACAAUGAAGACACAGUGCGCUAUACUGUAAACAAAAUGGCUGAGUUUGGCAUUCAUCCUCUUGAUCGCGUCAUCUGCUUUGGGCAGCUCCUCGGCAUGUGCGAUCAUAUCUCCUUGCCUCUUGGUCAGGCUGGAUAUUCUGUGUAUAAAUAUGUUCCAUAUGGUCCUGUGAACGAAGUACUUCCAUAUUUGUCACGUCGAGCAACAGAAAACAGUUCUAUACUGGUAAAGCUCCAGAAAGAAAAGUCACUUUUGCUUCAAGAAAUGUGGAGACGCAUUAAAAAGGGACACUUUGUUUAUCAUCCAAAGGGUAACUAUAUACCAGUUGGUGCUCAUGCACAAGCAUACAAGUGAAGUUGAGAUGGGGGAUGAAAUACAGAGAUACAAAUUCACACAAAAAUAAUUAGAUUGUGCAGAUAAUUAGUGAUGGGAUACUUUGAUUUUUGAGUAAAGGAUAAGUGAAUGAUUACCUAUAAAAAGUAGAGGAAAUUUGGUUCCAGGAAACAGUUGUAGGAAAUUCACAUUGGUAAUCUCUAGUUACUGUACAGGAGUUCAGGUAGAGGAUCAUGGUUAUUUUUUUUUCUGAAUGGGACUGCAUUCUUUUCUUUGGAAUAUAACCUUCCAUUUGCCAGAUAACAUUCCUCCUUGAUGUGUCACUGUGCAACAGAGAGUGCUGGAAGUAUGUAAGCUAUGAUGAAAUUUUUUGCUAUUGUGUUGGUGUCCAGAUCUUUGGUUUAGCAUAUGAAUUUUAUUACUAGUUGUGCCAGUCUCAACUGUAAAUGAAUAAUGAGAGCUAUGGCUUCAGAUUUGCCACUAAGCAUAAACCUGGUACUUAAAGCCUAUAUCAUGUACAGUAUCUCUAUGUAUAACCUACUUUAUAGUAUGAGCAAAGACCUAAUAGGGUGUAUUGAUAUAUAUGGCGUAUUGGGUUAUAAUUAUUGUGUGUGAUCCUUGGCUUGGUGGCUAAAGGUUCAAACCAUACUGCUGGGUAUGGGUCCAGGUUGUUGUGAAUACAGUAUUUAUACCCGUACUACAUAUUAGGUUUUAUUGUUCCUCUUACUAUGAAUGCUAGGGGAUUCAUUUUUCAUGAGCACAGUACUUAUAUUGAACUGUCAGUCGGAAGUUUUCACUUUCGGUCUUUUUUUCCCCUUUCUAAAAGUGAUGAGAGAGUUCAUUUUCUUUUUAUUUUUACUUUUAUACAUACCAUAUAAAUGUGGACUAUUUCAUUUGUAUUUUCAAAAGGUUGACAUAACAAGUUUAUGAAUUAAUCCUAAAUGCAUUGGCUAAAUUUAUUUACCAUUUGAUUUUUCCCUUUCGAUGUCCUUCUUGCAUGUAAGGAGAGAACGGGGUUUAGAAACUCAUUUGAUUUCAAGCAUUAAUUCCAUAUGAAACAAGGCUGUCUGUAAGAUAAUUCACUCCUUGUCUAUUUCUUUCGUCAGUUACAGGGACAAAACUUGGUUUGAAUAAUAGAUAAAAUCUUAGUAGAAUCAGAUUGUGGAAGAAUUUAUGAUCUUUUGAUUUUUAAAACUGCAAUUUGUAUGCAAAUGUGAGGUAUCCACACCGAAUGCAUUAAAAUCAGUCGGCAAAAAUUUCCAAAAGAAAUAUUCAAACGUUAUCAGAUUUGGUUGUUCACGCUAAUAUUAAAUACAAGGAAAGCAAGAACAUCGAGGAGAAAACUACAAUGGCUGCUUGGUAUUUUUAUAGAAAAUGACUGCUGCUAACAUCACAAAUGAUCCUUAGAGUCAAUCAAAUGCUAACCUGAAUAUUAUAUAUAUAAACUUGUGUCCUUGAGCAUAUUGAAUGUAUCUCAAUGAAUUCUAUGGCCUUUAAUCACAACUGGCUUCCAGAGUUAUGUAUUAUUUUGAUAGAUAAUACCCUUGUAUAUAAAAAAAAACAAUGUUGAUUUGUUGUGAUGAAUAGAGUCCAUUACUUGCUAUGGAGGUUUAUUACUUCGUUAGAUGGAAUUGUAAUGAACUUCAAUGCUAGUUAAUGCGGUUCUUGAUAUUCAAUGGUUACUGUGCCAGCUUAUGAUAACUGGCUUCAAGUAUAACUAGGUAUAAAUAGUUCUCUUGAAGGGUAAAUGUUGUGUGGAAGUGUACAGUAUAUGCUGAAGUGAAGAAAGUGGAGAGCCAUUUUCAUUUCAGCGCGGCCGUCUUUGUCGAAUUGCAUCUUGGUUCAUUUUUUGGGGAAAUUAUUGUAGUUUUCAUCUUAGUGGUUUACCGAAUGGGAUCAAGCACCAUCAAAAUUUUUAUAACGUUUACUCAAAUUUCUAGUUAUCUGAGCACGUUUUUUCUUUAAAUAUAUAUAUAUAUAUACACACUUCCUGAAAAAGUUUAAAUGGGAGACCAACAUAGUAUUAUUAGUGGCUUCAUAUUCAUAUUGUACAUUAAUAAGAACAUGAUAAGCAACAAAUAGAUGAAAUUAAUAUUAUGCAAAACCAACAGUGAAAAGUAUAUUUUCAAUUCAGGUACAAAAAAACAAACAAACAAAAACGAAAUAGAUUGUAGUAUCUUUGGUAAUGAAGGUAUUUUAAAACUACCACUCUCUGCAUUUUCGAUCAGCAGUUACUGUUUGAAGUUGUCUAGAAUUUUAAGAUUAAUUAUCUAUAUGAGCAUGUCAAGUUUGGAGCAUGUUGGCAUUGCUAGAUAGUGCUUGCAGUGAUAAAUUUAUCAUUUGCAAAGCUUCCUCUUAUUACUGUGUAUAAACAUGUAUGUCCAUGAGAAAAAGAAUAAUAAAGAUAUACAAUAAAAUGUGUAGACUAUACACUACACAUUGCUGCAUUAGUUGACUUCUAUCUAGAAUAAUUUCGCAUUGUGCUUAGUCAGUAAAUAUGUGGCUAUAAAAGAAGAAUGAAUUAUGUUUAUCAAUACAAUUACAAGUGAAAGUAUGGUAACUUAUUCAUUACACUUGAUCUGCAGUUUGCUUGUAUGUAAAGCUAUUACCUGUACCACUUACAGCACAAGUUACACCUGUUGUUCAGGAUACAGUUUAGAUUAUAUAGAGACAGAAUAUAUUAUUUGAUAUAAAAUUUCUGUGUUAUUAUACCAGGUCUGGAUGAGUUUCGGUGGACUGUGGCACAGAUAAUAGACGCUUUAGGUGCCUUUGUUGAUAAUAGUGCAUAAAUGUUGUAAGUAAAUGAGAUGUAUAUAGUAAUGUGUUUGAAAAAGCAAAUUUAUCCUAAAUAAUGGUUCUGUGAGAAAGUAAGAAAAAAUCACAAUGUACUAGUGUUGUAAAAGAAUUUGAAAGUAAGUAUCAUGCCCAAACUGUACCUUUUCCAGUGUGUAUUUGAAAUGUAUGGUAAAUUUUGUGGAAAGAAGUGUAUCAGACAACAAUCUUGUUCCAAAAAGAGAUUAUGUAAAUUGUGAAUCCAGUCCAGUCAGUUUGUUGGCUGUUAGAGGUGCAGUUGAUAACAGACAGACACGGCCCAAGCUGCCGUGAAAUUUAUGUCGAGUGAUUAUAAAGUAGAAGAAAUAAGGAGUUCGGAGCAUUGUUUUGACACCAGCAGCCCAGUGUCAGAGAUGGAUUAAGAGUUAAGACUAAUUUGAGAAUAUGAAGGAAUAUUUUCCCCUUUGAGAGUAGAUCUUGAGAGGACAUUGAAAAGGCAGCUAAAUUUGGUAUUUGUCACCUUUUUGUUGAUAUAAAUUAAUUUAUUUGUCAAGACUCUCGUGUUAAUUUUCAAGUUCUUAUGGGAUGUAUUUGAUGUGAUUGCAAUUUUCAUUAUGGCUUUGUUAUUGAUAAUAAUAAUAAUGCAAACUUCUCAGCAGUAUGGCUAUCGCUUGUGAUAAUGAUUAACACUUUACUACAAGGAGCAAUAACAGUAAUGAAUAAAAAAAAAUAUAUAGUUACCUUAUAUAUUAUAAUUUUUCUUGGUAUCAUAAAAAAAUAAUUUGUUUUCAUUUGUGCAAAUAUUUGUGUAUAUGUUAGACUCAUUGCCAAAGAUUCUGUAACUGCUUCAUGUCUUUUCUUUGUCAAAGAUCAUGAAGAAUAUAUUCCGUAUUUAUUCAUAUGAAUUUGAUAUUAUAUUUGUGGCUAUGUAGCAAGGGAGAUUUGCUGGUGUCUAACUGUUCUUUCUGUAUAUAAUAUAUGUUACGUCAAUAAAAUUCGAAGCGGU